CUUGCAGCUCCGUUUAUUCUUCUCCCCCUCUUCACAAGCCUAUAGUUACACCCAAAUAAGAAUCAACGUUGUACUGCAUACGCAUUUAACACACUUAUUGAUAGGGCUGAGUUUUGGGAUAGCAAAAAAGAAGAAAAGAGCCACUGCAUCUCUGAAAUAAGUAAAUGUUAUACAGUAUUGAGAGACGGACAUGCUUUAGCUGUAACACCCUUGACUUCUUUCUUCUCCGCGAUGCGCGCUGCUGUAAUCAAUUGAUUUGUUGGACAUACUAAGUGGUAACGCGUAAUUCUAAUUGGAAACGAAUAGUGCUUAUUUAUAAAACUCAUUAUAGUUAGGAGAAGUAAAGAUGAAUAAGCUGUGCAGGCAGCUAUCGAUUGAGAGUCCGUUGAUCGACGGCCAGGAAUGCGUGUUCAGUUUCGAUGUACCAGUGCCUGAGGUGCCACCUAAAGGUGCCCGUAUUCGUGUGGUAUGUGCCGGAGCUUGUUAUCAUCCGCGACCUUCAGUAUCUCUUUCAAGACUCCAUGGAACCUCCAUUGAGGGUGAUCUACCCGAGGCUUUAGCUCACCAUGGAAUGCGCAAUGCCGCUCUUUUCCCUGGCUACGAGGUCUCUGGAAUUGUUGAAUCUCUAGGCUCAGAAAUCUCUUCAGAAUGUGAAUUCGUCAUCGGUGAUCGUGUAAUAAUGUAUCCAUACGAAGGACUACCUAAUGGUUAUGUAGAGUAUCUUGUUGUACACGAUCUUAAGUAUCUUAUUAAACUUCCUGAUAUCAUGCCAUUGAGUGUUGCGGCUAUGUUGCCUGCUGGCGCUCUUUUGGCCAUGAAUACUGUCUUCGCUGCCCAUGAACAUGUCCAAAAUCUAUUUCGAGAGCGUAAUGAUACCAGCAUGUGUAAAAUCCUCAUAGUUGGGACUGGUGGUCUGGCACUUUGGGCGCUCAGAAUUGCGGCCUACCACUUCACAAAUAUGAAAGACCGCGUUACCAUCACUAUUGCUUCCCUUAAAGAUGAUGGAUUCACAAUGGCUCAAGAGUUCCAACUGGCAAAUGUAGUUCAAUGGAGUGAAGAUCUAUACGAAAAGCAAUUGAUUGAACGGACAAUGGACGCGUGCGAUGGUCACGUAGAUGUAGUAAUCGAUUUUGGAACAACCUCGCGCAGCCUCCAUCGCAGUAUGCAAUGCUUAAGUAAAGGCGGUAUUGUCUUUGUAAUGAAGGAGGUAGCAAAUCGAUUGUUACCCAAGUUUAGUCGUCGAGCGGAGGAAUUCCAACAAAACAUCAAGUCUAUAGAGACUGGUAGUCUCGAACAGCUUCGCGAACUUGUUCAGCUUGUCGGCUCUGGUGAAAUCGAGCCCCCGCCUCAUACAAUAUACCCCGCUGAAGAAGCAUUUGACGUUGUUCAGAAGCUCUGCCAUUCGGAGAUACACGGUAGAGCGAUUUUGCGCUUCUACCCUACAGAGUAGAUAAACCAUGUCUGUAAUUAAUAAAUAAAAACUCGAGUACCCGAUUGACUCAACAAGAGUCAUCGUGUGGCACAUAUUUGUCGCUGAGUAAUAUUUUUCAGCGAAUUGAAUGGUGCUUUGUUGAUAGUUAUUUUUUUACACCAGUAUUUUAUUUAUGUUUUUAUUAUGUGCUAGAUUUGUAUAACAUUAUACUCAUUAAUGACGUACUUACUACGCAAUAAUAAGCAAUUGCUACAAAGUUGAAUAAGGGCAUAUUAAAUUAAAGAUAAAUUUACGUUAUAAUUAUUGAGAAAACUGAUGCCUUUAAAGACUGUUCACUUUA